AGGCCACAGAUGCUAAAUUAACAAAUAUGCUACAAUAGACAGCAUUUCGGAGCCUGUGUGCGAGAUUCAGAAAACCAGGAAAUAUGCGAAGCGUAAGCGUACCGAAUAUCAUCAUCUGGAGCGGAAGUGAUGCUGGCACCCAGUCGGCGAUGACUAUCCAGCUGCAUGGGUUGAGCCACCAUUUGGAGCAGAGGGAUCAUGAAGAGCGCCUCCAGGGCGACACACAGCACCAGCAGCAGCAGCCGCAGCAGGAUCAACCGCCGACGGAGGAGCAGGAUUCGAGGGCUGUUAACAGCAAGGAUGGUGCCGCCAAUCAGGACACGAUCGCCGAUUCCGGCCAGGAUCCAGAUGGGAAUCAGGCCCAGGAUACCACAAAAAAACGGUGCGACAAGUGCGGCAAGAAGCUCGGCCUCACCGGCGGAUUCCCCUGUCGAUGUGGUGGCACCUAUUGCGCCGUCCACCGCUACAGUGACCGCCAUGAAUGCAGUUUCGACUAUCGCCAAAUGGGCGCCAACCAAAUCCGGCGUGACAAUCCCGUCGUUGUCGCCAGCAAACUCCGAAAGCUCUAGCCAAACCAGACCAAAAGGGAGGGGCAAUCACUCAGGCUUCUCCUUUUCAGUUGAGAAUAAAUAAAUAAAUACUUGGUUGGUUUGGUUUUAGAUUUACAUUUAGAACGGUUGGCAAAAUAACAAAAAAAAAUUAAAUAUAUCAACACUUCGCAUUUGUGCGGGAAAA